AUGACGGGAUCGUCACCGAGUCGCACGCAUGAAAAUGUGGAUCAGUAUUCGUGUGACAGCGAUUCCGGUGACACAGUGAUCUUAAGGGAUGAAGACUCCCUUGAUCAAUGUGAAAAGGGCCUCUCGUUCGUCCGUUUUAUGUCUAUUGAAGGUGGGGCCACCACAGACGGUGACUUAGUUACUGCGGCGGUAGCCAGGAGCGCCUCGAAAUCAAAAUUAACCACUCUACCGCCCGGUUUGUCGUUCCUCCACAAUCAUCCUCACCUUCUUGCCACCUCCAUUCCUCCAGGAAGCUUCAUGUUCACUGACUGUCGCCUUCAAAUGGCUAUGGAUGAGCAGAAGUUGCAUCAGACGUUGGACAAUAUCCCAAAUUUUUCCACUCCUGUUUCGUCUAGUUCGGAGGCCAUUUCCUAUCUUCCGCAAAAUUUUAUUGAAAUAGCUCCCAAGCCCAUCUCUCCACCUCUGCACACUUCUACUCCUCAUUCUCCCUCAACUCCAUUUUCUCCCUCUGAAAGGGCAUCGGAUACCAAUGAUAACUUUAAGCAUCCGAAAUCCGUCCAGUUGUCCGACUUGCGGUACAAAAAUCGCGAAGCAGCACGCAAAUGUCGUGCGAAGAAGAAGAACUAUAUUCAACAGCUGGAGCAUGACUUCAAAGACAUCAAGGAGAAACACGCCAUUCUCCAACAGGAGAAUGACGAUCUCAAGCGCUUCAUUUUUCAACACUUUGGUGUGAGUUUUACACCUAAACCGUCCAGUAGUAAAGCCUCAACUACCACCGCUACAGCGCCAACGACGGUAGUUCCCAUCCAACCUUCUCUUCCGGUAGUGCUGAAUGCACCUCCGGGAGUCCACGUCCUUCCUGCCACCCAACCAAUUCUCCUCAAGGUUAUUCCACCACAGUCGCAGUCGCAAACACAGGAUCAACAACUUCAGCAUUCCUUGGCCGUUGGAGCAGCAUCGGAGGGAGGCGAUACUGAGUCUAUUAGCACCAAACUUCCUCGCGAUGAAUUUGGCCUGGUUCCGGCCAUGUAUGCUGGCCUGGCUGGUAACCGAGGUCUUAUCUCAGGAGUAGACGCGACCGCACCACACCCAGCAGCAGCAGCUGAGGCGCAACGCGGGGAGGUGGCACAACGAAUGCAGUCGAUGCGUGUGCUUCGCUCUACUCAGGGUUUGCACGCACCCUUACGACUGGCCAUGGAGGAGAAAGUGAUGAAACUCAUGGCUCCCCGUCUUCCUGGCAUCUAUGCCCAUCAUCCGCUGGCUGCACAACUGAGCGGUGCUCUCGACACCAUCGACUUUUGUGAUAUUCUCAAUGAUCCUGAGGAUGCCGAGGUGAUGGUCUCGCCGCAUCUGCUGAUGGAACGUAAACAAGGCAUUCUGUAG